CCUAUGUGUGUAACAGUGUAUUUGUGGGCGAUAAUCAAUGGGUCAUGUUGUGUGUUCACAAAUCUGAACGGAAGGUCAAAAAUUGUAUUAACAUGUCUUAUCUUUUACUUCCGUCUAGGACUGAUCGUUUGAGAGGACACUCGAAAAAAAUUCAAAAGCCGAGAUCAAAUCGUUUACGUCUGGAGUUUCGUUUCUCUCAUCGAGUAGUGAAUUAUUGGAAUUCUCUACCGAAACACGUAAUAUCAGCACCUUCUGUUGAUAUAUUCAAGACGAGAUUGGACCUCCACAGUAUUACAAACUGCAAGGAUUAAUACAGGUCGAUAGACCUCCUAUCCUUAUUACUGAAGACUGAAACGACAUGUUUA